UCUACUGGUCAAGGCACUCUCGUUUAGGCGUGAUGCUUAAUUGGGUUCAAAUUCCAACUCCACGAAUCGUAUCCUUCCCUUUCCUUAUAAUUCCCUCCGAUAGAUUAGGAAAAAGAAAAUAUCAUAAUUGUCAAUCCGUAGCUAAGCUUUGAUGAGAUUCUCUACGCCUAGUGAGAACAUGUUAUGCACCAUAGAAGCUUCCUUAGGCUUUCGGGUGGGUGGGUUUCUGGGGUUGUUUCCUUCCUCAAGUUAUACUCAUCGACCCUCUCUCUGCUUUUGGUAUUCCUAGAAUCCUACCUUUGGCAACUUUUAAAUUCGUCCAGUACUCGGAUUCCCUUUAAUUCAUGAAUAUAAUAUGGGUUCAUGGAGAGACCUUCUAUUCCUCCAUCUCAUUCUCGUAAACAUUGUUAGUCUCACCGUUUCCCAGCCUGAUUUCCUAAACUACACUUAUAUAUCUGAAUCUGGCAAUUACUCACCUGAUAGUAAAUACCAGACGAACCUCAACACCCUCCUCUCUAACCUUUCCUCCAGUACCGAUAGAUAUGGGUUUUACAAUUCCUCAUUUGGCGAAAAUCCGGACAAAGUUUAUGCAAUUGUGCUUUGCAGAGGAGACGUUGAGCUCGAUACCUGUCGUAGUUGUAUCAACAAUUCCAUUAUUAAGCUACCACAACUGCUUCCUAAUAACAAGGGGGCGAUCGGAUGGUAUGACUAUUGUAUGCUGCAUUACUCGAACAAGUCCAUAAAUGGCAUUGUUGCAACUGAUCCGCGUUAUUUAAUGGUGAACGGCAGAGAUGCGUUGAGCAUGAAUGAUUUCAAGCAGGCAGUGCGGAGCUUGUUCAACAAUCUCCGCAGCCAGGCAGCGUCGGGUGGGGCCCGCCGCAAGUUCGCGACGGGGAACACAUCUGGUCCGGCUUUUCAGCCUGUAUAUGGACUAAUACAGUGCACACCUGAUUUGUCCGAAACGGAUUGCAAUAAUUGUCUCCAAGGGGCUACUGUAAAUAUUCCGCAGUACUUUGGUGAAAAGAUUGGAGGGAGAAUUUUGACACCUAGUUGUAAUCUUCGGUACGAGAACUAUAGUUUCAUUACGGAGAUUCCAGCUGCUGCACCACCAGCCAUUACGAACAUUCCAGCUGCUGCACCACCAGCCACACCAGACAAUAAGAGUAGCACGUUGCGGCCAACUAUUGUUAUGGUUGUUGUUCCAGUGAGCAUCUCUUUGGUACUCACAGCCCUCACCUGUGUGUUGCUCCGAUUAAGGAAGAGAAAGGAUGUCAGAAGAAAAGGAAGGACUACAUUGCAGCUCUUUGAUGAAAGAGGAGCGGAUGCAGAUUUACCAUUGUUUGAUUUGAUCACCAUAGUAACAGCGACGGACAAUUUUUCUCUUGCAAACAAGCUAGGUCAAGGAGGCUUUGGCCCAGUGUACAAGGGUCGGCUACUGGAUGGACAGGAAAUAGCUGUCAAGAGGCUAGCAAAAAACUCAGGACAAGGUGUAGAGGAAUUCAAGAAUGAAGUUAGCCUGAUUGCCAAACUCCAGCACAGGAAUCUUGUGAGGCUGUUGGGAUGUUGUAUUCAAGAAGAAGAGAAAAUCUUAAUCUAUGAAUAUUUGCCAAAUAAAAGCUUGGACUCUUUCAUAUUCGGUAGGCCAGGAUUGCUCCUAGACUGGAGAAAGCGCUUUGAUAUAGUUUUGGGGAUUGCUCGAGGGAUGUUAUACCUUCAUCAAGACUCAAGAUUGAGAGUAAUCCACAGGGAUUUGAAAGCAAGCAAUGUUUUACUUGAUGCUGAAAUGAAUCCAAAAAUAUCAGAUUUUGGUAUGGCUAGAAUAUGUGGAGGGGACCAAAUUGAAGCAAACACAAAUAGAGUAGUUGGAACAUUUGGUUAUAUGUCUCCAGAGUAUGCAAUGCAGGGCCAAUUUUCCAUAAAAUCUGAUGUUUUUAGCUUUGGGGUUCUGCUACUAGAGAUCGUUAGUGGCACAAAGAACAGCAGCUAUUAUCAAGACAACUGCAUGACUUUGAUUGGGCAUGCGUGGGACUUAUGGAGAGAAGGCAAAGCCUUGGACAUAGUUGAUCCAUUUCUGAGAGAUCACGAGUCAUUUUUAGCUCCUCAAGUGCUGCGAUGCAUUCACAUUGGUCUCUUGUGCGUGCAAGAAUUUGCUACUGAUCGGCCAACCAUGUCAAAAGUGGCUUUCAUGCUAUGCAAUGAAACCACCUUGCUUUCCCCUACGCAACCUGCAUUCAUAAUGAACGGUGUUAGAAGGCAUCCAGACUCAUCAUCAACUAGUGCAGGAGCUGCUUCUUCUGUCAAUGAUGUUACGCUUAGUGCCAUCGAUGGUCGUUGAAGGCUCCAGCUAAAGGAGUCUCAGAAAAAUAAAGACAGGUCUACUAGUAAGAUUUUUGAACAUGGUAAGAUUUGUGCCUUCACAUCUUUUUCUUCCCUUUAAUAAGUUGGAGGAGAAAACGGUAAUGGUUAUUUUUGAUUCUUGAGAAGAUAUUCCAAAAGGCUGUGGAUACCAUGACUAUAAUCAGGAAAAUUGAAACUGGUUGUCAUGGUUUUAUUACUAGAGAUCUCUGUGAAGUCCCAAUGUAUUUGUAGUUUAGAAGAAUCGAACUUCCUUUUUACGUAGUUA